AGUAAGGUCCUGCAACAAUUUAUAGAAAAUGGCGGACCAGAACGAUAGCAACGCCAUAUUCUAUUUGACCCUGGUUAUAUUAUUCGUAUGCAGCAUUUGCAUAUGGUGGUUCUCGGGCUUCAACCACGAGGUGGAAAAGUUCAAAUUGAUUCUGAUUGCGUUUCUGGCAGUCGUUCUGAUUCACGCCAUCGUCUUCACGCCCCUCAGGUUCGCCAUAUUGGCACUUGAUGCUGCUGUUUGGCCGCCUACUCAAGAUGUCGUGGUCCGCGAUCCAAGUGUCAAGGCUGAGACGUUAGUGGAAAGCCUUAGAUUCCGGCUUCAAAUUCUGCGCAGUGAGCUGCUGAUCACGGAGAGUCAUCGCAAUGAGGAACUAAACCUGAAGUACCACCUGAUCACCCAGGAACUCAAGAGAAUGUGCCUUCUGUUUGUGAUAAUGUUGGCCAUGAACGUGGAGCAGGCUGAAGAACAGUGGGUAUAUUUUAACACUGCCAACAUGCGGUCCCUUUUCGAGUAUAAUCACACCUCGACCUUGGGUCUUUCCAAUGUGAUCGUCCUGCCGAGUGUGUAUGUCUUCAUCGAACUUUCGCUAAUCAAUCCCUUCACGGACACAGGGGACAUAAGCGGUGGCAUUCCGUGGGAACAUGCGGAGGCGACUAGGUUGCUAGGAGUGGUGAGACUGAGGCAAGUGAGGAACAGGAAACUGAAGGGGGGACUGAAGGACCCCGUCUUCGACAACAGGGACUAUUCGGAAGGCUGGACAUUGCCGUACGUAAGGGAAAUGUACACGGACAAGUUCUGGCAGAUCUAUCAGCCGUGGGUGGCUCGUGUUCCCGAUAUUAAGAACCGCAUUAUCCUAAGCACCAGUCACAAAGGCGGCUUCAUAUCCUAUCCCGAAAUUACGGGCUACGAGAACCUCCUCUGCGAUACCCGCGCCAAAAGCAUGAUGGUGCUGAAUUACCUAAGGGACAAAAAGUGGCUGGACUUGAAUACCUCAGCGCUGUUUAUGGACUUCACUCUGUAUAACGCGGAUGCGAACCUCUUCAGCGUCUGCACACUGUGGGUGGAGCAGUAUCCGUUUGGGGGAAUCCAAACGCACGUGAAGAUCAGGAGCUCCACGUUUCUGAAGCGCGUGAAUGACGUCUCGUGUGUUGCAGUGGCGGCUCUGUACGUUUUCGUCAUUGCCUGGUUGCUAUUUGCCAAGGCCUUUUGGGUCAAGGUGUGGUACGAGCCCAAACAGCUGAAGGAUCCGUGGAUGCUAGUAGAUGCCUUGAUCCUGAUACUCUGUACGGUGUCGGUGGUGAUCCGUGGAUAUCGGGAUAACUUGGUCCAAGCAAUGAUCAGACGAGUGGAAAUUUCUGUGAUGGUCGAGUUUAUCAACUUCACCGAGCCGGCAACGGUGACCUACCUGUGCAAUAUACUAGAAGGCUUUUCUAUGGCGCUAGUCACGAUGCGUCUCUGGAAGGCAAUGCAGUUUUCCAGCACCUUCCGCCUCUUCACGACUACUCUAUAUCUGGCCCGGUAUGCGCUUUCAUGGACGAUCAUGGUGACAAUGGUUUUUCUAUUUGGCAUUGGCAUUGCAGCGAUCACCAUGAAUGGCAAUAACGCCAUUCAGUUUAGCACUAUAAUGAAGGGAAUCAUUUCCCUCACCUGCUUCGCCUUUGGCUUUAGCAGCCAUGUCGCGCCAAGGGAUCUCUUCUACGGGGGAAAGUGGAUUGGAAUUGUAUUUUACGGUAUUCUGGCCGUUGUGGUGAAGAUGUUGCUCAUCAACGUAAUUGUAUCCAUGCUGGAGAAUCAGAUGGCACUAGUCAAGGCGCUAAGAGACAAGAAGCAAAAGAGUCAUUUGACAUACUUCCAGUUCCUUCGCGUAGAGUACGCGUACGUAAUUAACUUUUUCCAUAAAAUUUUCGGGUUGAAACGGAAAUAUUUGCCAAGGGACCACACUGUUGCCGAGAAUAUUCAGCGUGAAUUAAAACAGCGUGAACAUAAACAGAAAGUUGGAAAGAAACACGAAGAAGCCCCUAGAAAUAAAGACGACAGUCUAAUGCAACUUAGAUAUAGGGAGCGAAUUGAGAAAUCGAUGACUGUGAUGGCCAUUCUGCAAACCCAGUUGGAGUUGGUCGAGCGGUUGAUGUUCGGAGACGACGAAGGCCAUCUGCUACCUCUCAAGAAAGACGAGAAUCCUCGCCCAUCUGGCCUCAGUCAUUAAA